UGAUGAGCCGCCCAAAGUUCCUUUUCUCUUCACAUCUUCCUCUUCCAUCUUCUCUGUAAACUGCUUGUUUUGUCCAUUUAAGUACUCUCUCCCUAUCUUCAUCCUCUGCUCCAUUCCAACGACCCCAAACAAAUAUUAGAGACGACAGAAAAUGGGAGUGCUUGCUUUUAUUUCAGAUUUCUUCAUAGUUUAUGGCAGGAAAAAGAGACGCAAACCAUUGCAGACUGUCGAACUCAAGGUGAAAAUGGACUGUGAUGGCUGUGAAAGAAGAGUCAGAAAUGCUGUCACUCGCAUGAAAGGUGUGAAAGAAGUGGAGGUGAUAAGGAAGCAAAGCAGAGUGAAAGUAACUGGCUAUGUGGAUGCAAACAAAGUGUUAAAGAGGGUGAAGAGAACAGGGAAGAGGGCAGAGUUUUGGCCAUAUGUGCCGGUGAACUUAGUGGCAUAUCCUUAUGUACCUCAGGCUUAUGACAAGAAGGCUCCUUCGGGUUUUGUCAGGAAUGUUGCUCAAGCAGUUCCUGCUCCAAAUGCUCCUGAUGAAAAGUUCACCACCCUCUUCAGUGAUGAAAACCCUAAUUCUUGCUCCAUCAUGUGAUUCCAACAUCUAAAUUAAAUUACCUAUUUAGGGUUUCUAUAUGUUCUAGACAUGACGAGAAUGUAAAGGAUUUUCUGAAUUAAGUUUGGAGGUUGCUUUGUUUUGUAACCUUUUAUCAUAAGGAACCAAAUCUUUUUGGUUCCAGGUCAUGUGAAUGAAAAUUGGCUUGUUUAAUAA